CGGCGCUGCGGGGCCGGGCGCGGCAUGAGCGGGCUCGCCAUGGGGCGGGCACCGGGGGUCCCACCGGGGGUGGGGGUCGGUCCCGGGCCCUGCCGUGAGUUCGGGGGGUCCGGCAGCGGCGGCAGUGAGGGGCAGGGUCGGGUCCUGCCGGGAGGCGAGGGGUGCUCGGGUCCUGCCGCGGGGCGGUGCGGGUCCGGUCUCGCAGUGCGGGGGAUGUCGCCCGUCGCCCACGCUGUGCUGUGCCUCAGCUCCCGCGUGGUGGAGAUCCAGUCGCAGAUGUCGGAGCGGGCUGUGGAGCUGCUGGGGCUGCCCGAGGACCGUGCGUGCCUCCUCCUGGACGUGGGCUGCGGCUCAGGGCUGAGUGGGGAUCACAUCUCUGAGGAGGGUCAUUACUGGAUUGGCAUGGACAUCAGCCCUGCCAUGCUGGAUGUGGCCGUGGAGAGGGAGGUGGAAGGAGACCUUCUCCUUGCAGACGUGGGGCACGGCAUUCCCUUCAGGCCCGGCAUGUUUGACGGCUGUAUCAGUAUUUCUGCAGUGCAGUGGCUCUGCAAUGCUGACAAGAAAUCCCACAGCCCCCCCAAACGCCUCUACAGAUUCUUCUCCACUCUUUACACUGCCCUGGCCCGAGGAUCCCGAGCUGUGCUGCAGUUGUACCCUGAGAACUCAGAGCAGCUGGAGCUCAUCACUGCCCAAGCCAUGAGAGCUGGAUUCACAGGGGGAAUGGUGGUGGAUUACCCCAACAGCGCCAAAGCCAAGAAGUUCUUCCUCUGUCUCUUUGUUGGGCCAUCUGGCACAUUACCAAAGGGCCUCGGUACCGAGUGUGCCAGUGAAGAGCCACACCAGGCAAAGUUCACCAAUGAGAGGACACGGUUCAGGAAUGUCAAGGGCAAGUCCGUGAAGAAAAGCCGGGACUGGAUCCUGGAGAAGAAGGAGCGCAGGCGACGCCAGGGCAAGGAGGUGCGAGCAGACACGAAAUACACGGGGCGGAAGCGCCGUCCUCGCUUCUGAACUGCUCUGGACACUGCUGCCAUGGAAGGUGGCAUGUGGGUGCCUCCAGAGAGCCUCCUGUGGAUGGCACAGAUGGCACCCCACGCCUGGGGACUUGCUGGGACUGGUCAUUGUGGCUCUAAAAGGUACAAGCUGGCUCAGGGGCUGCCCAACAGCAAAGCUUCCAGCCCUGUUUCCCUGGUGAAGGUCAGGCAGUGCUCUGGCACUGCUGCUGGGCAGUGCUCUACAGUGCCAUCACUUACCUUCCUGAGUGCAGUGAGCCAGCUGAGCUCCAGGUAAGCCAGGAUGUGAUCUCCAGGUCCUCACUAAAGAGUCAAAGAGUU